UGUGUGCAGGCGUGGGUAUGUGUGCAGGAAUGUGUGACAGUGUUUACCUUCCAUACUUCCUUUUUCCUCUCUCCUUCCUGUGAACUCCUGGUUCCCAGGUGCCCCGCUUGCUCCACAACAUCCUUACCCACCAGAAGGCCCCUGGCUCUGCAAUGCCACCUGCAGCUGCCCAGCCCUCCACCCAUGGGGCCCUUGUUCCACCUGCCACCGCUCAUGAACUGGAUCACUCAGCUCUUCACUGGCUCGCCUGUGGCUACUGCCUCAGUUUACCUGUGCAGUUGUCCCUGGCUAUCUGGCUGGGUAGGACUUGCGCUUAGAAGCAGUCUGCUCCCUGUGUCCUAAGGCCAGGGAAACUGUGUCCUAAGGCCAGGAGGUGGCAGCCUCUGCCCUCCCGAGACAGGGACCUGUGAGCAGCCUGGCUCUGUGGCUUGGAGCCUGGGGGUCCCCUGACCUGUCUGUGAGCACUGCCCCUCCCAUCAGGGAGGCACUCAAGAGCUUCCCACCUGUGUCACAGGGAGUGGGGCCUGGAGCCUGAAGAGACCUGUGGGGGCCACAUGAGCACCUGAAUUCAGCUCCUCUCUGUCCUUUCCCUUGAUUCUGAAAUUGUCCCCACAGCGCAGGUGCACCAAGGGAGCUGCCUUUGCAGCCUGUCCUGAGCCCAGGGAGGAGAAGGGCGGCUCCCCUUCCUGAUCGCCCUAGGCCUAGGUCAACUGGGUGGGCCCAAAGGGACUUCUGAACCCCCACUGCCCAGGCAGCCCCCUUUCCCUAGAUGCCCCAUGGCCUGUCCCCUGAGAGCCAAGCCAAGCCCAUAUUCAAACAGGGCUCUGGGGUCUGGGUGCUGCCCUGCUCCCAACCAGGGAGGUUCUGGGCACGGUUGCCUGGACCUUCCCUCCCAGUGCCAUGGACUGCUGCCCCCGCUGCCCAACCCCAGAGGGCAGUGAUGGGCACCGUGCUUUUCCCUGCCCCAUCCUGGGAGCCUAGGCCUUGCCCUCAGUAGAGGCAGAUGGGACCCAGGGAUGGCUGCCCCUGCAUAGACAUGGCUGCCUCCCAGGGGAAUCUAAGGGACCCAACACCUGCGUCACAGAUGCAAGGGACAGACUGUAGGUGAGGCAACUCCAUCCACAUCCACGCUGAGCCACGCACUAGCAUGUGGGGCUGGGCACCACCAAGCCUGCUGUCCCGCCUGGGCCACCCCAGCCUGGGCUUAGACUCAGCACCCCGUGGGGGUGGAGGAGUGGGGCAGGGGAAGGAGGUGCCCGGGGCAAAAGCCGGAUGUCUUCAGAGUGACCCUCUGGGGCUAGGCAGGGCUGGGGACGGGGGAAAGGCCUGCUGGCAGAAAAGCGCGCACCGGCCCCUCUGCCGAAUGGUCCCCACACUCCCUGUGCAGACGCGGCAGGCUGCAGGGCAGAAGCUUCCAGCCCAUUCCUGGUGGCCAGCGUGCUUUACUUGGUCCUUGAUGAAGAGAAUCGUUCUGACAGGCGGCUGCGGUGAGCUCCUGGUACCUUCGAAGCUUCGGCGUUGCCUCUCCAGGAACCUAGACAUGAACACUCGUCCCCAUUCAGGCCAGACUCCGAGGCUCAAGGGUCAAGGCCCAGGCCCGUUGCCAGGAUGCCCUCUCUCUGGGACAGGUGUAAGGCCCCUUGGGAGGGGUGUGCAGUUGCAGAGGAUCUUUAAGCAGGGUGAGGAAUAGGGAGGAGAAGGCUU